UCUAGUGAGAAUAUUACACCAAACACAUCUUAUACAUUAGUUAACUUCUCUAGUGAGAAUAUUACACCAAACAAAUCUUAUACAUUAGUUAACUUCUCUAGUGAGAAUAUUACACCAAACACAUCUUAUACAUUAGUUAACUUCUGUAGUGAGAAUAUUACACCAAACAAAUAUUAUACAUUAGUUAACUUCUCUAGUGAGAAUAUUACACCAAACACAUCUUAUACAUUAGUUAACUUCUCUAGUGAGAAUAUUACAUCAAACAAAUCUUAUACAUUAGUUAACUUCUCUAGUGAGAAUAUUACACCAAAUAAAUCUUAUACAUUAGUUAACAUCUCUAUUAACUUCUCUAGUGAGAAUAUUACACCAAAUAAAUCUUAUACAUUAGUUAACUUCUCUAGUGAGAAUAUUACACCAAAUAAAUCUUAUACAUUAGUUAACUUCUCUAGUGAGAAUAUUACACCAAACAAAUCUUAUACAUUAGUUAACUUCUCUAGUGAGAAUAUUACACCAAACAAAUCUUAUACAUUAGUUAACUUCUCUAGAGAGAAUAUUACAUCAAACAAAUCUUAUACAUUAGUUAACAUCUCUAGUGAGAAUAUUACACCAAACAAAUCUUAUACAUUAGUUAACUUCUCUAGUGAGAAUAUUACACCAAACAAAUCUUAUACAUUAGUUAACUUCUCUAGUGAGAAUAUUACACCAAACAAAUCUUAUACAUUAGUUAACUUCUCUAGUGAGAAUAUUACACCAAACAAAUCUUAUACAUUAGUUAACAUCUCUAGUGAGAAUAUUACACCAAACAAAUCUUAUACAUUAGUUAACAUCUCUAGUGAGACUAUUACACCAAACAAAUCUUAUACAUUAGUUAACUUCUCUAGUGAGAAUAUUAGACCAAACAAAUCUUAUACAUUAGUUUACUUCUCUAGUGAGAAUAUUACACCAAACAAAUCUUAUACAUUAGUUAACUUCUCUAGUGAGAAUAUUACACCAAACAAAUCUUAUACAUUAGUUAACAUCUCUAGUGAGACUAUUACACCAAACAAAUCUUAUACAUUAGUUAACAUCUCUAGUGAGACUAUUACACCAAACAAAUCUUAUACAUUAGUUAACAUCUCUAGUGAGAAUAUUACACCAAACAAAUCUUAUACAUUAGUUAACAUCUCUAGUGAGAAUAUUACACCAAACAAAUCUCAUACAUUAGUUAACUUCUUUAGUGAGAAUAUUACACCAAACAAAUCUUAUACAUUAGUUAACAUCUCUAGAGAGAAUAUUACACCAAACAAAUCUUAUACAUUAGUUAACCUCUCUAGUGAGAAUAUUACACCAAACAAAUCUUAUACAUUAGUUAACUUCUCUAGUGAGAAUAUUACACCAAACAAAUCUUAUACAUUAGUUAACUUCUCUAAUGAGAAUAUUACACCAAACACAUCUUAUACAUUAGUUAACAUCUCUAGUGAGAAUAUUACACCAAACACAUCUUAUACAUUAGUUAACUUCUCUAGUGAAAAUAUUACACCAAACAAAUCUAAUCAGUAG